AUGCAAAGGUUUAUGGACUCACAAGUGGCAGACAAUGAUUUAUUGGCAGCAGCUAAAACGGCAAGCUCAUUCAAUGAUAAGUUAGAGCAUGAAGUCAGAGUGACUGCUGAUUUAGAACCCAUUCCGCAUUUGGGAGAGUAUCCAACUAAAUUAAAAAUGGAUCCUAGUAGAGAUCCACCAUCACCUAAUGCUGCAUCAAAAUUAGAAGAAAAAAUAUAGCAAAUGAAAUAAGUAGUGGCUGAAGAAUCAGUGUUCAAAGUUGGUUGGUAGGAUGAUGACAAGUUGUACAAUAAAAUUAUUGAGCAUCUCAUCGAAUUAGAUCCUGAGGAAUAACCAGACUUUCUAUUACAAAUCUUAAAAAACGAAAUGCGUUCAAACAGAACUCGAGUUGUCUCAAGGUUGAAGGAUAUUUUGGCUAUGAUCAUGGAUGAAACCAUUCCUAUUCCACUCGAAAAACUCUACGAAGUAUGCAUUAGAGCCAACAUGGAGAUGGAAGUUGAAGAAGUGUUUUUAGAAGAACUCAACAUCUCACUUGAUCCCAUAAGAAAUGGGGAAAUUGGGGAAGCUGAGUAGUUGGUUGAAGAAUUGCAAGAACUAGAAUAAUUAGAGGGUGACCAGAUUCAACACCAAGAAUAAAUAUCUGUACCUAUUGAAUUUCAAAUUGUUUUGAGAAAGGAACCUAAAUUUAAAAGUGAUAACAAAUUGAAUCCAAUUGAGACAAGAUCAGUUAAUCAAGUGCAUAUAUUAAACGAUCAAGAAAUUGAAUCUCAUAAUAAGCAAAAAAUUAAAUAGUAUACAAUGAGAUUGGAUGACUUUUUCAUAUCCCAACAAGGAGAAGAAAAUGUAGAAUAACCAGAAGAAUAAUAAUAAGAAUAAUAAGAAGGUGAUUAAGAAUAAUAGUAAGAAGGUGAUUAUGAAUAAUAAUAAUAAGAAGGAGAUUUAUAAGAAGGAGAUUAAGAAUAAUAAUAAGAAGGUGAUUAAGAAUAAUAGUAAGAAGGUGAUUAAGAAUAAUAAUAAGAAUAACAAGAUUAAGAAUAAUAAGAUUAAGAAUAAUAAUAAGAUUAAGAAUAAAUAGAAGGUGAUUAAGAGCAAUUAGAAGAUAACUAAGAAUAUGUAGAAGAUAAUUAAUAAAUUGAUGAGCAAAUAGCUACAGAAUAAGAAAUUUAAUUUGAACCUGGACCUAGAGAAUUAUUUAGAAAUCCAUAAAUACCUUUUGAUCCGAUAGAAGAAAUCAUUCAAAAUGGUGGAUUUAUCCCUCAUGAAUUUAUGAACCCUCAACAUAGAGAUGAUAUCUAUGUAAACGACCAUCAAUACAUUCCUCUCACUCCAGAAGAAAUGGUCUACUAGAGUAAACCGAUUAUUCCACACGAGAUUUUCAAUCCAAUCAAUGAAGACGAUAAGUAUAACACUUAUGGACAUAAAAAAAUAAAUAAGGAUCCUUAUUUUCAUUACAAUCAAGGAACUCAACAGAAUUCAACAGAGAGAUAACCUGAUGUAGCCCAAUCAAUAAAUAUUGUGUAAGGAGAUGCUGAAAUGUAAUCAAUUAAUAUUGUUCUUGAUCCAGUACAAAUGCAAUCAAUAAACAUUAACUUCGAUGAAACCCAGGCUGAAUAAUACAAAUAAUAAUAACUCUAUCACAAAUACAGAAACCAAAAACACUUUAUCAAUCGUGAUAGCUUCCAUUAUCCUAAUGACCCUCUUUAUCCAAAUAUUCAUACUGUCCAAGAUCACACCAGAUCGCCAUACUAUUAUGAAGGUUAUUAUACAGGAGAAGUGCCUCCGCAUCCAUAUCAAGUGUACGAACCUCCUUAAGAAGAACCAAUCCAAGAAAUUAUAAAUGAAGAGAUUGUUUAGGAAAUAAUCAACGAAGAACUAGUGCCUCCAGAAGAAGCAAUUUUAGAGAGUCCCCCAGAAGAAGGGGCUACAGAAAUUCAACCUGAGGAGGGUGCUGGAGAUGCACCACCUGAAGAAGGAGGAGGAGGAGGUGAAGCUGUCCCAGAAGAAGUAGCCGGAGAAGCUACACCUGAAGAAGCAGUUGGUGAAGCAAAGGGUGAAGAAAACAUUGAAGCCAAGGGGGAGGAUGGUACUGAUGGUGCAACUCCUGAAGAAGGUACGAUUGAAGAUGGUAAUGUUCAAUAAUAAGAGGAAACUACAUAGCAAGAAGCUGUUCCAGAAGAAACUCCUUAAGGAGGUGGAGAAGAAAUUAAAGAAGCUGAACCUCUCGAAGAUUAGUAAUAGGAAUAAGAAUAAGUUGGAGAUGAAAUACCAGCUGAUAAUGCUGAAGUGACAGAUUAGGUUAUUUAGGAAGAUCCACUACCCCAAGAGUAUGAACCUUGGAUAAAUUGGGAGGAUGUACCAGAUGAAGAGAUUGAAUAUUUAAUUAGUCGUUUAAUCGAUCCUAGGUUUUAUGAUCCUCAUCAUCCAGAUUACAACCCAUAAGAUCCCAGAAAUAUAGUGUUCACUUCAAAUCAUUUACAAAGAUCACAGGUGUAUUUAUAAAUGAAAAACCCUUUAUUUUAUUUACCUGGCUAGGGUCCAUAUGCUAAAUUAAAAUCAUGCAACACGCCAGAAGACUUGCUAGAUCAAAUCACUCCUGAGGACCUUCAUUCUUUGGUUAACGAAUGGAAGAAGAGAACUCAACAUUAUGAUAACAUCUCAGAUGCUGAGUAUCGAACAAGAUCCUAAUAAUCAUAAUAAACUUCUAUCUAUCGUCCUUUUCAGGAGUCCUCAACUUUGGAUCAAGCUCCAAUCGAUCAACAAGAAUUUCAACCAGGAGAAGUACCUAAAUAAAGGAAAAGCUCUGAUACUGUGCCCUAUGAAUUUGCAGAUGAGGAUUUUGUUACGCCAAGAGACAUUGGCAAAUUUGGCAGGAAGAAACCUUUUCAAAUGUAAGGAUUAGAUCCCAAUGAUCCGAGAUCGAUACCUAAUUUUAAUCCAGAUAAAUCAAAUUAUUUUGGCAACAAUGAAUAUGUUGAUGAGAAUCCUAUUCUUAAAGUAAUUUAGGGCAACAAAAUGUAAUAGGAGGAAAGAGGAGACUAUUAAUAGAUGUACCCUGAUGAGUUUCAUCGUCCUCCAGAUUUCGAUGAUGAUAGAUCUUAUAGAACUGGUAGAGAUGGAAAAGUAUAUCAGCCCCAUCAUAGAGGAGAUUGGCAUGACGAAGAUUACUAUGAUGAAUAUGAUGACUAUUACGAUUAUUAUGAAGAUCGAGAUGGUGAUGGCAUCCCAGAUGUAUAUGAAUACGAAGAUGAAUAUCCUCCUUAUUAUUAAAGAAGAUAGCCAUAUGCUGAUGAAUACGAUAGGAGAAGAUAAAGUCAUUACGGUAGAAGAAGGCAUGGAGAUUAUGAAGGUAGAGGAUACAAUGACUACGAUGAUUAUGAAGAUUUUAGAGGACCUGAUGGCUAUGAUAAUGGAAGAAGAAAUAAGUACGGAAGAAGAGGAUAUGAUGACUAUGAUUCGAGAGGUCCUAGAAGGCCCUAUGGUAGAAGGUACGAGUUGGGGGACAAUGAAGAUCUAGAAUCGGAUAAAAUUGGAAGAGAGUUAAACAGAUCAAAAAGGGAUAUGGGUAGAAAAACUAAGUACUAGAAGGGUGAUGAUACAUAGCCUAGAAUUGAAGAAUUUCAUAUUUAUCAUGAUCUAGAUUAAUAUUCUUAAACAAGGAAUAUAAAUGAUAAAAGAAGCAGAGAAGAAAAGGCUAUGCAAGAUCCAAAAUAUCAUCCAGGAAAUGUCAAUGGAGUACCAAAGAUUAGAGAUACUACUAGAGAUUUCGAUGAUUAUCCUAGAAGAGGCAAACCAGAAGAUAAGGAUGAAAUGGACAGUUCUGGCAUUGCAUUUGCAAAAACUUUAAAAGAAUAAGGAAGAUAGAAAAGAAAUAAAAAAUUAUCAGAUGAGAAAUUGAAAUAAAUGGGAUUAAAGAGUCCUAAGAAAUAGAAGAAAAAUAAGAGUUAAAAAAAGAAGAAGUAGAAUGAAGAAAGUGAUGAAUCGACAAACAAAUAAAAUUAAUAGCAAAGUGACGAAUAAUAAUAACAAUAAUAAUAAUAAGAAUAGUAGCCAUAACAAUAAUAAGAGUAAGAUUAAUAGUAGAAUAAAUAAUAGUAAUAUAAAGUAUAAGCAUUAGCUGCUAAUAAAUAGAAUAAUGUUAAUAGUAGCGAUUCACUUGUUAAACCUUAAAAUAAAAAGACUACUUAGAAGGAAAUGUCAAAGGCUAAUGAAAUUGAGGAACCAGAUCUCAAACAUUAAGCAAGGAACAAUGCAGAAAAAAGCGAUGAAAAUAAAGCUCUAGGUAAGAAUGAGGAGCCUCUGUUAAAUAAGAAUAAGAAAGCCAAAACUUUAUUGCAAAUUUCAGAUGAAGAUUGUUCGCAUUUGGAUAGCAGAUCUAAGACUUAUACCUGUAUUUAAUGUAAUGUAAUUAUUGAGUAUAUUUUAGACUCAAAAAUCUUAUCAUUUGAAUGAUGACACCUGGUAUUUAAUCGGUUUAGCUUAAGGGUACAAAAAGGAAUUCCACACUGUAUUUAAAUUGAUAAAAGAACUAAUCAAUCCUCAACAACUCUAUACUAGUUUUGGAAAUAAUAGUAAAAUCUGUUUUAGUAGUUAAGAGAAGUAAAUUAUUAAUUUAGACAAACUCAUAACCAUAUUUUAAGGAAAGAAAGUGACUAAUACUUUGAUCAAGUUGCCUGAAAACCUACUAAUGUCAUAUUUCUAAUUAGCCUUCAGCAACCAAGAAUUUUCUGAUUUUGAAUUAGAAAUUGAUGACAACAGCAUUCAGAUUGAAAAGGCGGGAGUCACAGUAUCUAAGAUAAACAUUAUCUGGCAAGCACUUCAAGUGUAAUUAGGAUAUCAAGGGGUUAUUCAUUUCAAUAGAACGGAGAGAAAAUUUGAUUACAGGUAAAUAAUUAGCUAGGAUUGCACAAAUGAGAAUCUUAGAAUCUAUCUACACUUUCCUCACGAUUAUCAAUUUUCAGUUUAAAUGAUCAAGCAAAUAUUUAAUCAAUAAUAUAUAGAACUUUAUGAAUAAUACUUAUUGUAAUAGAUAGAUUAGAAAGAUAGAUGGGUUGUAGUGUAAUUCAAAUCAAGAUAAUGUGGAGAAUCAAGUGAGUAUGGCAUAUCACUUUAAUAAUGA